UCUUCAAAUUUCAUAUUUUGGGUUUUACUGUUGAUUUUUNGGGCUCUGUCAAUGCCUCUACGUCGGCCAAGUGCUACCCAGAACUUGCGCAGGACCUGGAUGUAGCGCUCCGUGUUCACAGUCAAGGACCGCUCGUCAUCGUCCUCAAACCAGAAUGGCCCGAUAAUGCCAUGAGUACUGAUGGAGAGCCCGGUCUAUCAAGAGAAGAAAUAAUAUUAGCGAAAACCAGGUCCAAGAUCCGCGCAAAAUUUCAAAACUACGGCGUUCACCCGUCGCUUGGUGUGGCCGACGUGGCGGCCUUGGUGCCUGAAAUGGGCGGUCGUCCUGCGCUCAACUGGGUGGUGACCACAUGGCGUUCGGGAUCAACUUUUGUCGGCGACUUGCUGACAGCGCAUCCAGGAACCUUUUAUCAUUAUGAACCGCUGAUGGACUUUGACAUCCAGCAAGUGAGAUCUGGACAACUUGCGGAGAAAGCUGUCCACAAUCUCGCGCAACUCUUCUCCUGCAACUACACAAACAUGGAUCACUACAUCACGUACGGAAGGUCUCACCCUUGGCUCUUCAGUCACAACAAGAUGCUGUGGUCUGCCUGUACCUUGCGCAGAAGUUUUUGUGAACAACCUGAACUUUUUUCUCGGUUCUGUCAACUCUUUCCUUUCCAAGUCAUGAAAACUGUGCGCCUACGCAUGAAUAUUACAGAAGGAAUUCUUAAAAAUUCCGACUUUGACGUGCGUGUGCUGCUGCUUGUGCGGGACCCGCGCGGGACCAUGCAGUCCCGGCGCCACCGCACCUGGUGUCCCGGCCACCCGGACUGCCAAGACCCGGCCCGCCUCUGCGGUGACCUCGUGAGCGACUACCACGCGGCGCAGAGUCUCAUCCGGCGCUACCCCAACAGGGUCAGAGUGAUGCGGUACGAGGACCUGUCAUUCAACGUCCAAAAUAUGACACGGGACUUAUUCGAUUUUUUUCGUUUAUCGUACGUGGAGGAAGUUGACAUUUUCCUGACGUCGCACACUCAAAGGACGCAGGGCGGCGUUUCAAGUACAAUUCGCGACUCCAAAACCGCGCCCAUCCACUGGCAGAAAGACUUAACAUUUGAAGAGGUGGAGGCUAUUCAGUCCAAAUGCCACAGAGCAAUGGACUUGUACGCAUAUAAACUAGCACAAAAUGCUGAACAUCUUAUACAGUUUGACCCCAUCGGGAAAUUCACGUUCCCGAAUUCCUGAUUCUGCCAGCUUUUCUAAGAUGGCUAUAAAUUUGAUUGAGCUUUUAAAGUGUGAUUUCGAUGAUUGAGAUACAUCGCAGCUCCUGCUCCACAACGACCAGUUCUUAGUCUAUGGAAUGCACGUAAACGUCUAAAAACGACAUGAUUAGUGCGCCUAAAACUGUAGUAGUAUCGAGCGUAGUUUGAGGGCGAAAAAUCGAAUUAUUUAAGGUAAGAAUCGCUUUGUAAGUUACGGUGCAGUUAAGAAGGUUAGGGGGAGUGGAUAGGUUAGAAUUUUGGAGUGUUUCGAGUUUGUCUACAUUGAAAGUUGGCGAACUUUUCGCGAGGAAAACUUAAAAGUUGAUGAAUUUGGCGUCUUUUCCGAUGGAUUUGGAUAUGGGUGCUCGCGGUUACGAACAAAAGGAGAUGAAGUUUGCGCCUUAGAGAUUUUUGGUUCAUGGGAGCCACGUACCCGUCACGCUUGCAGGCUGCGGGUGUCAUGGUGGCCGCUGCCGUGAUCGCCCGUUGCCGAACAAUCACGGUCGCGUGAAACUUGGGCUCAUCGAUACAGCAACGCUUCCUGUAAAAGCAUCUACAGUGUAUAAGUAACGACCUUACAUUCGAUAUAAUUCUGUUUGGCAAACAUAAACACAAGUAGCUGUGAUCCGAUUUCGAAAAAACGAGAUAAUGUACCGGACUUGCAGGGAUUAUAAAGCCGACAGUUAAAUUAUUCAAGUAACGUCAAGAGUACGGUCUGGCACAGCAGGAGCAGCACGGCCACGAGCUUUUAGCUACGUUAAUAAAGUCAAACCCUGAUAAUCAUUUCGAAGUACGGCCGUUGAAAAUUCUACGGCCCUGCGCAACUUGAAACAGUAUAAGAAGAGACGAUACCACAGCAAAAAACUACAACCACGGCACGGCUACUUAGAACAAGACGACCGUCAUUACGGCAGAGGACUUUCGUGAUCGAUACGGUCGCGACGUAGCAGCCGUACCACUCGACGGGGUCGAACUUUGAACGAAAGUUUUCCGGUAAAGUAGAAAUGUCGAACGGCGGAAUGAAACAGAUUUGAUUUCGAAGAAGUUAUUCUAUUUUUAAUUAAGAAUUAAGAGCGGUGUCUGAUGUAACAGUGAUUUUAUAUCGCUUUUAUGUGCCUUCAUUUUUCCCAGCUUAUUGUUAAUCGUGAACAAGUUUUAUUUUAACCCUUAUGUACUCCAUUUGCCGUGAUAAACUUCUAUAGAGAACCUUUAGCAAAGGCGCGCCUUAUUGACCGCCUCGAGUCAGCUACGCUACCGAAUGAAGAGUCAAUCUUGUACACUGAAAGUGCAAAGAAAAUUGUUUAUGUGAAGAGUACGAAAAUAAUAAAUAAUAAUAACGAAACAGAAGUGAUUUCAUAAAUAAUAAGGUGGCGUGAAAUUUUUCGUAAGACUAUUUUUAUAACGUUAUUAACAGUGGUAUGAAGUUAUUAGUUUACUGGUUACAUAGGACAGUGCACUGAGUUCUAAAAAUAUCAAAUCUUUAUACUAUCUUUUAUAGAUGUAUAUAAAAUCAUGUCAGAUUCGCAUCCAUUACGGAUGUAUGCGUAUCGUAGAUGCGGGGUACUAAAAGCUACUAGUAUGGAAUUUAAAUGGACCUAAUUUAUUCUACUUCAUCAUAAAUCAUGAAAUUUAAUUUAAAACCAGAUUGUUAGCAACUAUAAUUCUAAAGCUUUCGUCGCCUUAAGAAAUGCACCACUGGUACUUGAUAUUUGGCGGAUAUUUUUAUCGAUAUUAGAAAUUAUUAUUUCAUAAUAAUUACGACGAUCAAUUUGGUUUAUCCAGUAUAUAGAUGUCAAGUUCCAUCUCGAUCUUUGAGAUAGUAAAAAAAUAGAUGCUGACAAAUGAUUUCUAAGAAUUGUCGAAAUCGUAUGUAUACUUCGUUUCUAAUACCAAUAUGCCUCAAGUUGAGUCUAAUUUUGAAUCGAUUCUGAUUAGUCUGAUUAAUUUAAUUUUUAAUUAAAUCGAUUUGUUCAUUUUU